AAAUAGCCGCAAACAAAGAUAAAAAUUAAAACUGAAACAUUACGGCUGAGUUGUGAAUCGACAGCUUCAACAGCCAAAUCUAAUUACUUGGCCUGAAAGACCAAGGGUAUUUUUAAUUAAAACAGAACUAGGCUCAAUGCCAGUCAUUUAGAAUAGCUGUUAUUAAUUCUUUCGCAGAUUCUGAGAUGUUUCCUCCAUACAAGCACAUUUAAAAAGCUGUCCCAAUGAGACACUGUAAAAAAACUACCAUUUUAUUCUGCGAAUAUAGCGCAGGAAAGCCAAACAAAUAAAUGAAUCGACGUGUGAUCAUUAGUUAUAAAAGAAAAUAUUUCCUGUUAGAACGGCAAUGACAAGUUAUUCUACGCAAAAACGUUAUAAUAAUAACGGAAAAGUAUUACGAAAUAUUUCUGAAGUAAUUUCACAGAUUUUUUAUUAAAUAUAUUGUAUAUUUAUUUACUUAAACUCUGAACCAGGCCAUAAUACCGGCCUUCAGGAAUAUCCUUUAUGUUAAUUUUAAUCUUGUUGAGUAAAAUCAUCCGUCGCUUUAGAGAUACACAUUCACACAUCUUACAUAUAUCGGUAGAACGUGUGUGCGUGAGAGAGAUGGUUAGGCCCAAUUAGGUUUUAAAGCACAGUACUUCGUUGUAAUAUUUAAUAUGCCGAGGGGAAAAGGAAUCUAUCUGAAUCAUAUAAGAGACGAGAAUUCCAAAUACCGUCAGUGAAGGAAGGCUUUGCAAUUUUCGCCCACAUAAUCCUCCAGUGAAUGUAUGAAGGAGAUUGUCCACGAAUCCGAAGAGAAAGAUGUGUGGACUACUGGAUUUCCGAACAAAUUAAUAUCCCCCGUGUAUCUGCAUCUGUCUACCAAAAAUAGCACGUUAGGCGCUUGCUGUGUCUUUGCCGAGAAUGUCGACAUCGGGGACUAUCAGCAAUUAUUAUGUCGACUCUCUUAUAAUGCAUGAAAACGAGGAUCUGCUGUCGUCCAGAUAUGCCUCGGGUCCAUUGGCUCAGUCUUCCAGGCAGGCACCUCUCGCUGAGCACCCCGAUUUUUCCCCAUGUAACUUCCAAUCUAAAGCGACCGUGUUCAGUACGUCCUGGAACCCGGUUCAUGCUCAGAGUUCUGCCAACAUGCCCGCCGUUUAUCACCCAUACAUGCACCAGGCACCUAUUGCCGCUACGCCUGAUGGUAGGUACAUGCGCUCCUGGCUAGAUCCCAUGCCGGGAACCUUGUCCUUCCCCGGGUUACCUUCCAGUAGACACUACGGUAUCAAACCUGAGCCCGCAGCUGCCCGCAGGAAUGACUGUACUACGUUUGAAACACACACGUUAGCCCUCUCAGAUUAUCCUUGUGGACCAUCUCCCGGUGAUAAACGUCUGGCCGAAAUUUCCUUUUCUGAAAAUAAUGGAGAGGUUGAGCCAAACGCAGAUAAGCUGCACUUGGAUCCAAAUAACCCUUCCGCUAACUGGCUGCAUGCAAGGUCCACCAGAAAAAAACGCUGUCCUUACACUAAACAUCAGACGCUGGAGCUGGAAAAGGAAUUCUUGUUUAAUAUGUACCUCACCAGAGACCGCAGAUACGAAGUGGCCAGAGUCCUCAAUCUCACCGAACGGCAAGUUAAAAUCUGGUUUCAGAAUAGAAGAAUGAAGAUGAAAAAGAUUAACAAGGAACGACCUAAAGAUGACCGGUGACACGGAUUAAAAUAUCUUGGAAGGGGAAAGGACUAACUCACAAAUACAAUCGAAACGGACCCUGCUUAGAAAGACAUUGAGAACAUUAUAUCAUACCAUUAGCACAAAUUACUCCUUUGCCAGUUCUGGACUACACUUGGUGGGAAAGACUAAUGCAUUGGUUAGAUGGGAACCAAAGAUGGAGACAUCUACGGCAAGGUUAAGUCUGUGGCUACGGAAGCUACCUUUACAUGAAAACUACCUUCUCUUAAUCUACCGCUAUUCUGUGCGGGCAGUAAUUCAGUAAUACUGUAUUAGUUUAAUAUUUACUCGUUUUACACGCAGCAAACGAGGCUGCCUAUAUACUUGAAUCCCUGUGUCUGUCGUGAUUAUCUCUGUGACUGGGCCUAUGUGCUUGGGCGGUGUCUGAGUUAAGAUCGUGUAAACCAACAAAAGAAAAAACUCAGCUCAACUCAGGAUGUUUAAUAUAAAACUAACAGGCUGUGUGUUGGACAUGAAAUGUUAUUUUCGUGGUGAACUUGGGACAUAUAUUGUAUUAUUUUCACUGUGAAUUAACUUGUAAAAAAAAACGCCGGGCUUUAUGCUGUCUUUGUGAGGCUGAGUAACGGCCUUGCCUGGGUGCAUGACGAUUGUGUUGUUCUUCAGCAAGUAUAUGAAACUGAAUUGCAUAGAAUGCUAAUAUAAGUUUUAUUUAAAAUAAAAAAGCGGCGCUGAACAUUCUGCUAAACGAUACUAUUGUCUAUUGUGAUGAAAGCACGAAUAAAGUUCUCAGACACUUUGUAUUUAUCGGUGUUGUGGUGCAAAGAAAAGUAUAAGAUUUGGUUUAAAACUACCUAUAUGUAUAACUAGUAACUACCUAUGUUUCGUGUGUAAAUGUCACUCUUAAAAACUGUCUAGAUGCAUUUAUGCGAUGGAAAGAAAACAAUAUUGUCAAUAAAGGUAAUGUGUACAAUACAAGGAAAAUAUUUGGGUGCAAUAGAAAGAGCAUAUACCACUAAUCUGUUUUAAAUGGGAUUUUCUUUAGACCUGCCAAGCUAACACAUUUAAACUUGUGUACACGUUUAAAAUGAAUACCUCGUGUCAUAUUGA